AUGCAACACGUGUGGUCAGUUUGAUUUUGCCCCAUUGACUUCCUGUGAGGAAAAAGAAGUUUUGUGCUGCUGCCCAAACCCCUUCAAAAGGAAACCAAAGCUCAUAGUAGCACUUGAGUUCUUGCACAGCUUUCUGCAGCUACACUCCAGCUGAGUUGAGAGGGAUGAAUCCUGUAGGUUACCCAGCUGAGGCUGUUCCAUUGCAGGGGAGGCCUGAAGGGAUCCCUGGACAGCCUGGAGGAGCUGCAGCAGUUCAGUACACCGCUGUGCACAUCAGCUCCGAGCCCCCCCAGGACCACAUCGUCUGGUCCCUCUGCUGCUUCCUCUACUCAAACCCCUGCUGCCUCGGACUGGCGGCUCUCAUCUUCUCGGUCAAGGCCAGAGACCGGAAGAUGGUUGGAGACCUGGAAGGUGCCCGUCGCUACGGCUCCAGUGCCCGCUGCCUCAACAUCUGGGCCACAGUCCUGGCUUCCCUGAUGUUUCUUAUUGUCAGCAUUAUAAUUAUUGUUGUGAUUGUGCAGGCAAUUAAGUUCAACAGAACAUAUAUCACAACCCAAAAUUACCGUUGGAAUUGAAAGUGAAUUUAGAAAAGGACAGAUUUGUCUGCUGCUGUGGCUUGGUGACACCUCUGUUUCUCUGCUUUAUGCUUGUGGCAUAUUUUGUACCUUUUUUUAAAAUACAGUUUUACUUGUAACUUUAAGCAAA